GUUUCUUGAAAAUUUCCCUAUUAUUAGCAAGAAAAUAAAAUAAAGAAAGAAGAUGGAUUCAUCAAUGACAUCAAAGGAUGUCAGAGAUGGUUUCAUUGAGUUCUUCAAAGAAAAGAAGCACACGUACGUCCAUUCAUCGUCUGUCAUUCCACUUGACGACCCCACCCUCCUAUUCACUAAUGCUGGCAUGAAUCAGUUCAAGCCAAUUUUUUUAGGCACAGCUGACCCAAAGAGUGAGAUGGGGAGAUUGGUGAGAGCAGUGAACACGCAGAAGUGCAUCAGAGCUGGGGGCAAGCACAACGAUUUGGAUGAUGUCGGCAAAGAUGUCUACCACCAUACCUUCUUUGAAAUGCUUGGCAACUGGUCGUUUGGAGAAUAUUUCAAGAAAGAAGUGACGGAGUGGGCGUGGGAACUUCUAACAGUUCGAUGGAAGAUGCCCAAAGAUCGAUUGUACGUCACAUAUUUUGGAGGAGACCGAGAAAGAAACCUACAGCCUGAUCUGGAGGCCAGAGAUUGCUGGAUCAAAUUGGGCCUGCCGCCAGAGAGAGUCAUGCCAUUUGGAAUGAAGGAAAACUUUUGGAUGAUGGGUGAAACAGGUCCCUGUGGCCCAUGCUCUGAAAUCCAUUUCGACAGGAUUGGUGGUCGAAAUGCCGCUCAUCUUGUUAACAUGGAUGUUCCAGACGUCCUAGAGAUAUGGAAUCUCGUGUUCAUCACUUAUAACAUGGAAUCCGAUGGUUCCUUGAAGGACCUUCCAAAAAAGAACAUAGACUGUGGGAUGGGGCUUGAAAGGGUUGUUUCUGUGAUCCAGGGUAAAGGUUCCAAUUACGACACCGACCUGUUUCAGCCACUUUUCCAGGCUAUUAAUAACACAAUGCAGUGCAGAAAGUACACUGGCAAGGUUGGAGAGGAAGACAAGGAUGGAGUGGACAUGGCCUACAGAGUGGUGGCAGACCACGUCAGGACUCUUACGGUUGCUCUGUCAGACGGUGGCCGGCCGGAUAACGUUGGCAGGGGAUAUGUUCUCAGAAGAAUUCUCCGAAGAGCCAUUAGAUACGCCACUGAGAAAUUAAACGCCAAACCCGGCCAGUUGGCUUCAUUGGUUGAUGCUGCCAUUUUUAUUCUGGGUGGGGCUUUCCCUGAGAUCAAGAAAGAUCCUGAUACUGUGAAAGACAUAAUUAAUGAAGAAGAGGCCCAAUUUUUGAAGACCCUAUCAAGAGGUCGAAGGUUACUGGAACGUACCAUUGACAAAUUAGGGGGUGCCAAGAUACUACCUGGUGACAUAGCCUGGAGACUGUACGACACGUAUGGAUUCCCCGUUGACCUGACCCAGUUAAUGGUGGAAGAGAGAAAGAUGAAGAUUGAUCACGUCGGAUAUGAGGAGGCAAAGAAAAAGGCGCAGUUGCUCUCUCAAGGAGGUGGAGCCACAGUGGAUGAAGAGAUCUCAUUGGACGUCCACUCAAUCAAUGAAUUGAAAUCGACCAAUCAGGCGAUCACUGAUGAUUCACCUAAAUUUGAAUAUACAGCUGAUGAUAAGGGAAAUUAUGUCUUUCAGAGCUGUCAAUCAAAAAUAAUGGCGAUACGAAAGGGCAAAAAGUUCGUGAACGAAGUAACACCUGGCGAGGAGUGUGGAAUUCUAUUGGACAGGACUAAUUACUACGCUGAGCAGGGCGGCCAGAUAUAUGACGAGGGGUACAUUGUCAGGUGUGACGAUGAGAGUAACGAGAUUAAAGUGAAAAAUGUGCAAGUGUAUGCUGGCUACAUUUUGCAUGUCGGAAAUGUUGAAGGACAUUUCAAAGUUGGAGACGUCGUUAAGUGUUUCAUUGAUGAGGACCGACGCAAAGGUAUAAUGAAGAACCACACCGGCACUCAUGUACUAAACUUCUCACUGAGGAAGGUUCUUGGAAGCACCGAUCAAAAAGGUUCUCUCGUAGCACCUGACAGAAUGAGAUUUGAUUUCACUGCCAAGGAGGCUCUGAAGCCAUCAGAGGUGGAAAGUGUAGAGAAGAUAAGUAACACAUUCACUCGAGGUGGUCGCACAGUGUACUCGAAGGUCGUUCCUCUGGCACAGGCCAAAGCCAUUCAAGGAUUGAGAGCUGUCUUUGAUGAGACUUACCCAGAUCCCGUAAAAGUGGUUUCAAUUGGGACACCAAUUGAAGAACUCCUGAAAGAUCCUAAUGGCCGCCAUGGCUACGAAACUUCCGUGGAAUUUUGCGGAGGAACCCACCUGGUGAGAAGUGACGACAUUGGAAGUUUGGUGAUCGUUUCAGAGGAGGCCAUUGCCAAAGGACAAAGAAGAAUUGUUGCUGUAACUGGAACAGAUGCUAAGAAGGCUCUGCAUAGAUCUGAACUGCUCGAAAAGACUUACGAAGAUCUGAAGGAGAAAGUUGACGGCAGCCAGAGCAGUGAUGUGUCAGUGCAGAAGGCUCUUGUGAGGGAGAUCGUCGAACUGACUAAUGAAGUGAACCAGGCCGUGAUACAGUCUUGGAAGAAGGACAAUAUGAGAAAUAAUUUGAGCAGCCUCAAAAAAAUCUUGGAUGAUGUUGAGAGGAAGAAAAAAGCUGCUAUCUCUAAUGAGGUGUUAUCAGAAGUGCUAAGAUGCACAGUUCAAGAGGAUUGGUGCAGUGUUUAUGUCGUCAGAGAGUUCAAGGCACUUUCUGAUGCUAAGGCGCUGGAUGGAGCACUGAAGCAAUACAAGACAAACUUGCCAAACACAUCUUGCAUGCUGUUUUCUGUUGACUUCGAGAAUGGCAAGAUAUUGUGCAUGGCAGCCGCUGCACAGGAUCACAUAAAGCAAGGACUGAAGGCCAAUGAAUGGAUAGGGAGCAUCCAGGAACUAAUCAAAGGAAAGGGUGGAGGCAAGGAUAUGAACGCUCAGGCCACUGGAACACAGCCAGACCAACUGAACGAAGCAAUGAAGCAAGCUUCGCGUUAUGCAGUCAGCAAGUUGCAACUCCUACAAAUGGACAACGUCAAGCCAAUCUCGGACUCUGGAACCCUUCAAAAAGUUCAACCUAUCAUAGAGGCCCAUCUAUCUAAUCGCAGUUACAUUGCAAGUCACCGUCCCAGCCAGAAUGAUUCCGUCGUAUUUAGAGCGUUAGAAUCAGCCAUCUUGUGUCCGGAAAAGUUUCCUAACUUGUGUAGAUGGCGCAAGCACCUCUCCUCAUUCGGUCUGCAGGUUUACAAGUUGCCUGGGGUGUGCAAAAGUUUCGAUGAAAUCAUCGCAUCCAUCCAAUCAAUGCCUGGCGGAGAUAAUUAAUAAGGAUGAAGAUGAUCAUGAUGAGAUAAUUGAGAAUAAGAAUAAUAAUAACAACAUCAAUAAAGGAUAUAAUCAAUAACGAAAUAAUUUAAUGAUCUUACAGAACAGUUUUUAGAGAGUUAAUGAUAUUUCAGUAAUGUCAUUCUAUAAUAAUCACCUUUUAAAUUUCUAAUAAAUAGAUGCCAUUAAUUGAACAAUGCGACGAAUUGAUAAGAUUUAUGCAGCACAUCUAGCACGCACUUUCAGUUAUUAUAUAAUAAAUCACAAUAUUUAUAAUAACAACUAUGUGAAACGUAAAAGCAUGUUAAUGAAAA